UUUAAUCGACGGCACUCUUAUAAAAAAAAAAAAAAAUGAAUAGACAAUUAAUAAUCGCAUAAUAGCAAUAGUGUAUUACAGUUAUAGAUUAAAUUCCGUUUGAUAAUUUUUGCGAUGCCCAAUUAUUUAUUAACAUUACAUUGUACAAUCGCUGUUCGCUCGGACCAGACCUUAUAUCUCUGACGCCCAAAAUGGAAACGAUUCAUUUGCUCGACGGCGGUUUCACCGACGGCGUUAAACCGUACACCGACUACGAAAGUCUGAUGAAACAUCCGCUUUGGGGUUCGCAUCUGCUGCAAGACGACGAGGAAGCCAUUUACAAGUCGCACAGGGACUACAUUAGAGCCGGUGCUGACAUGAUAACGACAAAUACAUAUCAAGCGAGCAUUAACGGUUUUAAACAACAUUUGGGCUUGGACUACGACCAAAGCUACGAACUGAUCAAGAAAUCCGUGCAGUUGUGUCGUCGAGCCAUACAAACCGAAAGUUCUGGACGAUCGGUGAAAAUAUUGGGUGCGGUUGGACCGUUUGGCGCUUCCAUGUGCGACGGUUCCGAGUACCGAGGAAAUUAUAUAGACGACAUGAGUUUGCAAGAGUUAAUCGACUGGCAUAUGCCCAGGAUUCGUGCGCUUAUCGAGGCCGGAGUCGAUUAUUUACUUUUCGAAACUAUUCCUUCGAUUAAAGAAGCCGAGGUUUUGUUAAAGAUACUUUCCGGUUUUCCAGGACAGAAAGCUUGCUUAGCGUUCUCCUGUAAAGAUGAAACGCACAUUAGUCACGGAGAAACGUUUGCCAGUGCCGUGGAACAAUGUUGGACGAACAAUGCUUUCCGUGAACAACUGGUCGCCGUCGGUUUUAACUGUGUACCGGCACGUUAUAUUUCCUCGCUUUUGAUGUCGGUUCAAACGAAGAACGUACCAUUUAUCGUCUAUCCGAACGGAGGUGGCGUUUGGGAUGCCGAAAACAACUGGGAUAACACAAAAUCGUAUACAAUUUCCGACAAAGAUUUGACACUGUGGAAAAGUAGGGGACUUAAAAUAUUGGGCGGAUGUUGCAUGUGCACCGCUAAAGACAUUUCACAUUUUAGAGACUUAAUCGACGACGUGUCCAAGUAAGACGUCCGGAUUUAACGUUAUAUAAUAUAAUAUUAAAUAGUAAAUUCAUUUCGAUUGUAAAUGAAUGUAUAUUGUUCAUUCAUGUUUCUUCUUUUGUUUUGUCUAAAUUUGUAAAAGUUUUCUUUAUUAAAUUGAUGUAAAAAA